AUGUAAAUAACAAAUUAAAUCAGGAAACUGGAGCAGCACCCGAAGAAAUGUUUAAAGUGAAAUUAGAUUGUCGUUCGGAUAAUAAAACACUCUGUAAUAAUAUAAAUUUAGCUUUUAAUAGAGCUUCAAAAACAAUUUCUACCGUCCUAAAACUAAACACUCAAAUAGUUGUAAAUGCGACUUUAUAUAAUUUUUGUGAAGGGUUAACUCCUGAAACUUGUGGUCCAGAAUUAAGUAAUAGAUUAGGCCAAGCAGGACCUACAAUGCUUUAUGCGUUGGAAGAUGACGACGGGAUGGAAAGAUUAUAUCCGCAAGCAUUAGUUAAACAAUUUCAAUUUCCGAAAAAUCCAACAUUUAAUGAAUUUGACAUUAAUGCUGAAUUCAAUACAAAAUUUCCACUUUGGUUUGAAGAGGAUGGACCUAUUGAAGCAUCAGAAACCGAUUUUUUUUACGUUAUGAUUCACGAACUUAUGCAUGGAUUAGGAUUUCUUUCAUUAUGGACUAAGAUAUCUGAUAAACUAGAAUUAAUUCCAAUGUUUGUACCUAAAUUCAGUGGAACGAAUGGCGCUCAAAUUAAUGAUACAACCCUUAUCAAAGAUGUGACAGUAAAAGAAAGUGCAUUAGAUAAAUCUAUGAUAUUUUUAUCAAAUGGUUCCCCAGUAUCCAGUAUUACAAAACACAUAAGCGAUUAUAUGAUUAAAAACCCAGGGGAAACGGAUCUUUUUGAAAAGUUUGGACAAUCAGAAAUUAAAAUGUUGACAGAUAUGUACAUUCUUGCGACAACUCCAAAAUCGCUUGGCUUAUUACCAAGAGGUUCCACAAACUUUGUUUCUGAUGCCAUUAUUUUGGAAACUGCUAUUAACCCAUUUAUUCAAGGAUCUUCCAUAUCACAUUUUGAUCUUGCAACUUAUCAAAAUACAAGUGAUUUCUUAAUGAUGUUUCAAGCGGUAGAUGGAAAAACCAUCGAGGAAUUAAUUAAGGAUGGAGGGAAUUAUCCUGGUGGCGUUAUUGGUCCAAAACUUAAGUUAAUGUUGGAAACUAUAGGGUAUGCUACAGAAGACAAUCCGAAUCCAUACAAGCCAAAGCCAUUCAAAGAAGAAAAAGCAACAUCUUCCGCUAUAAAUCGAAGAUUUUCUUUCGAUUUCACAUCAAAUAUUUAUAUAUUAAUAUUUACCUUAUUAUAUCUUUUAAUUAAUUGA